AUGCAGGGCGGGGAAGGCUGCGGCCCGGCGCGAGGCCUUGUGGGAGCUCCGAGGCCGGCCCUUUCCGGCGGCCCGCACCGCGUGGACGGUCCUCGCGGGUCCGGCGAGCGCGUCCCGAGCAGCUCGGAGCCCCGACCUUCCCGUGGAGUUCCUGCCGCCGCCGGCGCCCUGGAGCCGCUGCGGGACGUGCACCUGGGCCUGGCCCCGCCGCGCGGCGACCGCGCCAGCCUGGCCGUCCUCUCGGGCCACUACCUCUACUACCACUACGGCUGCGACGGGCUGGACGACCGGGGCUGGGGCUGCGGCUACCGCACGCUGCAGACGCUGUGCUCGUGGCCGGAGGGCCAGGCCGCGCGCGUGCCCGGGCUGCUGGCCGUGCAGGCGGCCCUGGAGGACAUGGGCGACAAGCCACGCGGGUUCCGGGGCUCGCGGGACUGGAUUGGCUGCGUGGAGGCCAGCCUCUGCCUCGAGCACUUCGGCGGGCCGCGCGCGCGCCUCUGCCACGUGCCCCGCGGAGCCGGCCUCGCCGGGCAGCUGGAGACGCUGCACUCGCACUUCACGGGAGGAGGGGGGCCCGUCAUGGUCGGGGGCGACGCCGACGCCCAGUCCAAGGCCCUGCUGGGCGUGUGCCUGGGGCCCGGCUCUGCUGCCCAUGUCCUCGUACUGGACCCUCACUGCUGGGGCGCCCCGAAGAACCCCAGCGAACUCCAGGAUGCCGGGUGGGUGAGCUGGCGGGAAGUGGGCACGGCCUUUGACCCAAGGUCCUUCUACAACCUGUGCCUCACCAGCCGUCGUGCCUCGGACUGAGGGGAGGGGAAAAGGCCACUAUCGCUGAGAAUAAAGCACCUGCCCAGUGCACCCUGCCCCGCGGGGGUGUGGGAGGCAGCA